AUGACAAUAGGAGUGAUUCAAAUGAAGACACCCCACAAACCCACUAUUGAUCACAAGACAUACUACAAUAUUUGUGGGACCGGAGAGGUUGAGAAGUUAGAUAAUGAGAAUGAAAUAUGGGACAAAAUAAUCUAUGAGGAUGAGGAGGUGGACGAGAGGGAAGGAUACUACACAGAGAGAGCAUUUAAUAAAACAAAUGCCCAGGGUGAACAAGAAUUAGACCUAUUGGGACCUGUGGUGUACUUAUCUCAGGUGGAGGAGUUCCCUAUUGAAACUAAGGAAGAUCAAGAAGAGGAAGAGACUAUAGAAGAUAAGAUAAGAGAAAUGGAGUUAGAUGGAGAAUUAGAGGAAGAACAAAUAGAGCAGGCAAAAGGGACAUUGAUAAGGGAGCAAGAUGUUUUCGCGUGA